AUGGCCCCACGAUUGCUUUUCGCAGCGCCCCGAGCGCUCGCUUCGCGCUCAGCGGUGGUAGUGCGAAUGCGCCUCGGUCGGAGGUUUGCCUCGAGCUCCGCAAAUGCGCCAGAAGUCUACGAUGUAGUCUGUGUGGGCGGCGGCCCGGCAGGAUUGAGCUUGCUGGCGGGGUUGAAGGCGUCGCCGGUGACGAGAGGACUGAAGGUCGCUCUGAUCGAGGGCCAGGACAUCCAGAAAAAUAGACUGUCGAAAGAUGCAAGCCUGGAAAGCUUCUCCAAUAGAUGUAGCUCCCUCACACCCGCUUCCGUCAGGAACCUGCAAGAGAUUGGGGCAUGGAAGCAUGUGAACGCAGCACGAGUACAGCCAUACCAGGAGAUGCAAGUAUGGGAUGGCGUCUCAGAUGCGCGCAUAUCUUUCGACUGGGAUACAGCGCGCCCACUUCUCUCGCCUCGAAAUCCCGCACAGCCGACUACAAUCGCGUAUAUGAUCGAGAACACAAACACGGUUACUAUGCUCUUGAGCCGACUGGAGGAACUGGGGGGCGUAGACAUGUUCACUUCCACCAAAGUGAGCUCGAUCGAGCUGGGCACAGACACGGAACAAGUGGACUUCACAUCGUGGCCCGUCCUCACGUUGUCAAACGGCAAGACACUGGCUGCUAGGUUGCUCGUAGGAGCAGAUGGCGCAAACAGCCCUGUCCGAACGUUCGCUGAUAUCGAGUCGCGAGGUUUCGACUACAAUCGUUUCGGUGUCGUAGCUAGCUUGAGCAUCGAAGGUCAAGGCUGGGGUGGACAGGAUCACAAGAUUGCAUACCAGCGAUUUUUGCCUUCGGGACCUCUGGCACUGCUGCCCCUUCCUGGUAACAAGUCAACGCUUGUAUGGAGCACGACACCGGAGCGCGCAGCUAGGCUCAAGGCCCUAUCACCAGAAGACUUUGUUGCUAUGGUCAAUGCCGGCUUCAGGCUGUCGCCAACCGAUCUCGAGUACCUGCACACGCUCGAAUCGGGGCAAGCAGAAGAGGUGGCCUGGCGAGAGAAGCACACACCUGUCGAUGAGCGAGCCAUACCGAUGCGCAUCACCAACGUCGAAGCUGGCACAGUUGCCGGCUUUCCCCUUCGUAUGCGUCACGCCGACACAUAUACCGGCGAGCGAGUCGCUCUCGUGGGAGAUGCAGCCCAUACUAUACACCCGCUUGCAGGACAGGGCCUGAACCAAGGGCAGGGAGACGCUGCGGCUCUGGUACAGACAAUUUCGCACGCAGUGCGAACUGGUCAGGACAUUGGCUCGACACUGGCUUUGGAGAGCUAUAACAGCGAGCGAUAUGCAGAGAACAAUGCCAUGUUGGGCGUCUGUGACAAGCUGCACCGAUUGUACAGCAUCGAGUCAGGGCCAAUUGUAGGACUAAGGAGUAUUGGACUGAGCGCUGUGAAUGCCAUGGGCCCGCUGAAAAGCUUCUUCAUGAGCAGGGCAGCAGGUGAGCUGAGAAAAAGAUCUACGAAAGAUACGAAUGGCAUCAAAUCGCGCCAUCGGAAUAGCUCCGCAACUUGCCCUGCAUACGCCCCACUGUUUGUUGCCCCACGUCAUUGUCUAACAACAUUUCGAUGUCUGACAUUUGAGACUCAUUCGCAUAACACCGAUAUGGCAGACCACCAGAAAGAGAUAGAAGAGUUCGGGAGCAACGAUGACUUCUGGCUGUUUGGCUACGGGUAUAUGCUGUCUGCAGAAUUCAUAAGGACGGAAUUUAAUAUAGCACAGGAGUUUGAUUUGGAAGCCACCGCCACACUUCGGCUAGACCACAGAGGCACCCCCGAAGCCCCGGGGCGCGUAGUAACCCUGAUCGACCACGCGCACUGGGCCACCCUCACCGACCACCACGAGCCCACCGAGCGCGUCUGGGGCGCCGCGUACCACAUCCCCGCGGCACACGUCCGCGCGGUGCGCGACUACCUCGACCUGCGCGAGAUCAACGGGUACAGCAUCCAGUUCACGCCGUUCCGGCCCGCGGCGCACGCGGAGCCCAUCCGGUGCCUCGUGUACAUCGGGCUCCCCUCGAACCCGCAGUUUCUGGGCCCGCAGGAGCCGGGGGCGCUGGCGCGGAAGAUCUUAGAGAGCAAGGGGCCUAGUGGCGAGAAUAGGGAGUAUUUGUUUAAUCUUGAGGAGGCGCUGUUGGGGCUGGGUGCAGAGAGUAAGGAUGCGCAUAUUAGUGAUUUGGUGGCGAGGUGUAGAGAGAUUGAGGCUGGGGGGCCGGGGGUGGAAGGUGAUGGUUGA